CCCUUUUCCUUUGUUGAAGUUGAACUAAGCUAUUCACAUGAAAUCAAAGCAAUAAUACCUUUCGGUUAAUCUUCCAUCUUUCCUCAAUUACACCUCCACACCAUCGAUUUUUCCGUUCAACUCCUCCCUGCUCCGCUGCCCAAAACCCCCUUUACUCUGAUUAUCAGAUUAAUCACUGUAAUUAAUGCCGAUUAUUGUUGUUUGUUAGAUAAUGAGAAUGAGGCAAAAUGUAUCUGAUAAAAGGGAAACAGUAGAUAUUCCAGCUUCAUUUGAUGUUGAUUCAAAGAACAAUCCAGAAUCUUCUGCUACAUCAUGGAAGACCAUUUUCUACCUUUGUCUUGCUUUGCGUAUGGUAAAUUCAUUCUUGGUGCAGACUUACUUUAACCCUGAUGAGCAUUGGCAGUCUCUUGAAGUUGCGCAUCGCCUCGUGUUUGGAUAUGGACAUCUUACAUGGGAAUGGAAGAGGGGAAUUCGCGGUUACUUGCAUCCACUUUUGUUUGCUGUUCUUUAUAAAGUUUUGGCUUUUCUUCACCUUGAUACUCCUUGGAUUAUGAUGAAAGCACCACGGUUGCUGCAAUCCAUUUUUGCUGCCAUAUGUGAUUUGUACUUGUACAAAUUUUCUGACAUCAUUUUUGGGAAGCAGGUUGCUAAGUGGACUCUUUUCUCUCACCUUACAAACUGGUUUGUGUUUUUCUGUUGUACGAGAACUUUAUCCAACAGUUUAGAGACUGUUCUUACUAUAGUCAGUCUUUAUUAUUGGCCAUGCAUGAGAGUUAGCUCUGGCAAAAUGUCUUCAAGUUCUAGAAGGUGGGCUCUGGUUACUGCUGCAUUAGCCAGUGCUGUUCGUCCAACCAGUGCCAUAGUAUGGCUGUAUGUCGCUGUUCUAGAGCUGCUUGUGGCUUCUGAUGGACUAAAAUUCAUCUUUCUUGAGGCUGCUCCUAUUGGGGCAGCAGUGCUUGCAAUCACAACUCUGUUGGAUCGUAUGGUUUACGGGUCUUGGGUCAUAGUGCCUUUAAAUUUUCUGAAAUUCAACUUUCUUUCCUCUGGCGGAGACUAUUAUGGAACUCAUCCUUGGCAUUGGUACUUCACUCAAGGCUUUCCUGUGAUGAUCUUCACCUUCUUGCCAUUCUCUUUGGCAGGCAUCAUAGACUCUAAACACUGGAAGCUCUCUGGUUUAAUUGGCUGGGUUAUAGGCAUUUACAGUUUGUUGGGUCAUAAAGAAUUCAGGUUUAUCUUGCCUAUUCUUCCAAUAGCAUUGAUGUUUUCUGGGUAUACAUUAGCAGCUCUUGAAGCACCUGACUUACCAAUGGGUAAAAACAAAAAGGCAUCAACCACACAUACUAAAUGGCCUGUAAAGUUGCGAUUAGCAGUUUUCUUUUUGCUUGUCACCAACAUCCCAAUGGGCCUCUAUAUGAGUUUGGUUCACCAGAGAGGACCUGAAGACGUAAUGCAAUAUAUUGCAAGAGAAUCACUCAAUGGUGAAGUCAGAAGUGUACUCUUCUUGACACCAUGUCAUGCCACACCUUAUUACUCAGCUAUUCACCAAAAUCUGCCCAUGCGCUUCUUGGACUGUACACCAAGUGAACAAAGAGGAACCCCAGAUGAAUCCGACCGUUUCAUGCUGGAUCCACGUGGCUUUGCAACAGAACUUGCAAAGAACUGGUCUUUACCUAGCCACAUUGUUUUAUUUGAUUCCGAAGAGAGGAAGUUGAAAGAAUUUCUAAUCUCACAAUCUUUUAGAGAGGUGAAGAGAUUCUUCCAUGCUCACUUUAAGGUAGAUCGUGAUCUUCAAUCGUCAAUGGUCGUGUAUAUGUACACAGGGUGGUGAUAGAACUGACAUGCCCGCAAUCUUAAUGCUAAGCCAGUCCCUGUUUUUGAUCACUUUUUUUGGUAUUUUCAUACUCUGGCUGGCUAAUAAAAGUGUACUCGCUUUUGACUUAACUGUAUUAACAUUGAUUUAGCUGUUAAAAUUUUACAUUUCUUCAUUAAUUUAUACCGACAAAGAAUCACUACUGAUUGUUCUUAAUUUAAUUAUGGUGAUUGUCACAA